AUGAACGUGCCUUAUAUAAUCGUACCGGCCUUAUACCUCGUCUUCCUCUUUGACUGUGUUAUUACCAAUGACACGUACAGGAAGACCUGGAAUGAAGCUGUGGAUUAUUGCAAAACUAAACAUGAUGGAACACUGUCGACUAUCUCUGAGAUCAAACAGUCUACUUUCGAUAUUUGGAACAACGUUUGGAUUCGGUCUAUCCAAAUCACGAAGUGGCUUUCAUAUGAAGGAUGUUACAGUAUCGACAUCAUGGAAACAAGCAUAACCUUUGAUCAAGAUUUCGAUGGUAGAAAGCGAUGCAGUGAAAGCUGCAAUACAGAAAGAAUCGCCAUACAAGAGAACAGACGGUGUGUUUGUUUAUCUGCGGAUGCUUCACAUAAGGUCGAAUGGAGGCACUGUGAUACAUUUGGAAAUGAAUCAAAUUUUGUUGUUUACAGAAAAUAUCGCAACGAAGAUGUGUUGAAGAAAAGUCCAUCACGUGGGAAAAAUGCCCGUUCAUCAGAUUCGGAAAGGAACUGUGUCGCUUUUAAUUGUAAGAAGAAAACUUCUCAUUUGAAGGCUUGCAAACAAAAAAUCAGAAUUUUAUGUUCUGAUUCAAAAAGAUCAAAUGAAAAGCUGAAUUGGAAAGAAGGAGUACAAUACUGUUCAAACAAGGGAUUUUUACCUCAGUCUUUCGAGAAGAAUUGCCAGAAUGACGACGGUACGUUUAGGACUGACAACGGACUAUUAUGGAUCGGAAUGUAUCGUCCAGUGGCUCUUGACAAAACACUCUUUGAAGAAUGCACUUACACGAACACAUCGUUUAAAAAGGGCAUAAACUGCACGAAAAGGCUGCCCUUCUUUUGUACUGGACCCGAUGGGCUUGUCCAUUCAUCAUCACAAAGACGUCAGAAUCCAUCAUCAACUGGAAUACCUCCCAACCUCACCGAAAAUCCAAUGACAAGUCCAAAGAAAACGUCUUCUCUUAACGGUCUCAUUAUAGAUGUUAGAACAAAGAGAAAUGAGAAACAUAUACUGUUACAAAAGGGAAUACUCGUACCAGAACAUAAGACACCAUCUGAGUCCAAGGUGAAUAUACCACCAAAUGAUCGAGAAAAACACGAUGAAAACAUUUAUGAAUUUGAAGAAAUUGAAGAUGAAGAGGACAGCCAGAUGGUGUCGUGUCGAAAUCUGACUGUAGAAUGUCCCCUGCCGUGUAAAGACCCCGGUGCAGCCAGAAUUUUAUCAAGUUGUCUCUCCAGUGUUCCAAUUGACCUACCUUCGUGUAGCAGUGUAGAUCAGGAGAGGGACAAUACUUUGGAAACUAGUAACGAUACCGAAACAGGAGGUCAAAGAAAUCAUAUCAAAGACUCGGGCUCAUCAGUAGGAAACGAAUAUGAUUCGUUCAGCAUUCUAAAGGCAGGAAAAAACGUCGAACCGGACUUAUACGACCACGCGAAAGUCGUCCCUGAACAUAGAAGAAAAGACAAGACGCAUCACGAAGAAAGAUCAGUAUUGAAACCUGACAACCAAAGUGAAAAGAACAACACAGACUUUACUUAUGAUAUGGCGAGAGGUAUUGAACAUGAGUAUGAUGAAUUCUGGAAACCAAAUAAAUGUGUUGUUAUUUCAGACUCACGUGAUAGCGUUGCCUCUUUCUAAAUAAAAAAGGCACUAACACGCGACAGGGAUAACUUAUAAGGUAGUUUAUCGAGCCGCAGACCUAAAUAUUUUUUGAAUGCGAUAGUGGAUGCUACUCUGGUACUCCGUUCAAAUUUUUUGAAAGUGGUGUUUUAUCGUGCAUUUGAAAUGCAUUGUGUUUGACGAACUGAAGAGGACAACAUCAGCAAGUUUAAAAGAUAUUUUUCGAUACGAAUGAUUGAUCUUGUUUUUUUCACAUACAAUCAUGUUUAUCAAAAUGACCACACUAGCAGAAUUUGUAGUGAACAUGAUAAGUAUACCGUGUGUAUUUUGUGUCCGUCAUCAAUACAACAUUCUAAUAAUUGUUUUUUUCACAUACAAUCAUGUUUAUCAAAAUGACCACACUAGCAGAAUUUGUAGUGAACAUGAUAAGUAUACCGUGUGUAUUUUGUGUCCGUCAUCAAUACAACAUUCUAAUAAUUGUUUUUUUCACAUACAAUCAUGUUUAUCAAAAUGACCACACUAGCAGAAUUUGUAGUGAACAUGAUAAGUAUACCGUGUGUAUUUUGUGUCCGUCAUCAAUACAACAUUCUAAUAAUUGUUUUUUUCACAUACAAUCAUGUUUAUCAAAAUGACCGCACUAGCAGAAUUUGUAGUGAACAUGAUAAGUAUACCGUGUGUAUUUUGUGUCCGUCAUCAAUACAACAUUCUAAUAAUUGUUUUUUUCACAUACAAUCAUGUUUAUCAAAAUGACCACACUAGCAGAAUUUGUAGUGAACAUGAUAAGUAUACCGUGUGUAUUUUGUGUCCGUCAUCAAUACAACAUUCUAAUAA